GUUUGGAUUUUCAUUGUUUACUUUCAAUGUGGAAAUGCGGAUGACUUAAAGAACUGCAAUCAUUACUAGGAGUAGAUUACAUUACCAAGGAAUACAAAUCUGAUCAUGAAGAUUGGCGUGAUUAACACCCAUCAUUCCUAUAUAAAUGUUCCCAGGCUGGCAGUACAAAAUGCUGAUGAAGGCAUAGGAAGGAUAGAGAAUGGAGACAGCAGGUCCUUGGCUGUAGAGUAUGAUGGUUUAUCCAUAUUACAAACACAGGAGCGUGGGGGCAGCUGUAGUGGUUCCACAAACAACUCACAGGCAGUGAAAAGAAUUCUACAGGGAAUACCCCACUUUCUGAAUACCUUAAAGAAGUGGGACAAGAGGAUUUCCAAUGAAGGCUGCCAAAUCCCAGACUCUUUCUUGGAAAAAAUUCAAGGUCCACAACCAAGAUGGAGCAAUAAUUGUAAUAAUCAUAAUCACUGUGAUAAGAUAGCAGAAGAAAUCAUGGAACAGUGCCAACCUAGUGCCUUUGCACAGUACAAUGUUAACAACAACAGUAAUAAAGAUGAAGAGGAGAAAAAGAAAAAAGAAAAGAAGAGCAAGUCUGAAGGUAAAAAGGAAAAGAAAAAGGACACAGAAAUGCAAAAGAACAAGGAAAAGAAGGAAAAACAUAGAAAUAAAGAUAAACAUAAGAAGAAAGUUAAGAAAGAUGAGGAGAAGAAAGAUCUUUUUGUUAUUGAUCCAUCAGGAAACUUGUAUUACUACUGGCUGUUUUGCAUCGCCGUACCUGUCAUGUACAACUGGACCAUGAUCAUUGCUAGAGCCUGUUUUGAUGAACUUCAGAAUGAAUAUUUAGGAAUGUGGUUCUUCUUUGAUUACAUAUCAGAUAUAAUCUAUAUUGCUGACAUGUUUGUACGGAUAAGAACAGGUUACCUGGAACAAGGUUUGUUGGUGAAAGAAGAACUUAAACUUAAACAAAAAUAUACAGGAACUUUACAAUUUAAACUAGAUCUACUGUCAGUCAUACCAACUGAUCUACUUUACUUUAAAUUAGGGCUAAACUAUCCAGAACUAAGAAUAAACAGAAUACUUAAAGUAUCUCGGAUGUUUGAGUUUUUUCAGCGUACAGAAACAAGGACAAACUAUCCAAAUAUCUUCAGGAUCUCUACUCUUGUUAUGUACAUUGUGAUUAUUAUUCACUGGAAUGCAUGUAUGUACUAUUCAAUCUCCAAAGCCAUUGGAUUUGGGACAGACACAUGGGUCUACCCAAACAUCUCUGAUCCUGAAUUUGGCCGUCUGGCUAGAAAAUAUGUAUUUAGCCUCUACUGGUCAACGUUGACCUUAACCACUAUUGGGGAAACACCUCCUCCGGUAAAGGAUUCUGAGUACUUCUUUGUGGUUGUUGACUUCUUGGUUGGGGUUUUGAUCUUUGCUACUAUUGUUGGUAAUAUUGGUUCCAUGAUCUCCAAUAUGAAUGCUGCCAGAGCAGAGUUUCAAGGAAGGAUUGAUGCUAUCAAGCAGUAUAUGCACUUUCGAAAUGUGAGUAAAGAAAUAGAAAAAAGAGUUAUCAAGUGGUUUGACUAUUUGUGGACAAAUAAAAAGGCUGUGGAUGAAAGGGAAGUUUUAAAAUACCUACCAGAUAAAUUAAGAGCAGAAAUUGCAAUCAGUGUUCAUCUGGACACAUUAAAGAAAGUUCGGAUUUUUUCAGAUUGUGAAGCUGGCCUGUUAGUUGAACUAGUCUUGAAGCUGCAGCCUCAAGUUUACAGUCCUGGAGAUUACAUUUGCCGAAAGGGGGAUAUUGGAAGAGAGAUGUACAUAAUCAAAGAAGGCAAACUUGCUGUAGUAGCUGAUGAUGGAAUUACACAAUUUGUGAUCCUGGGUGAUGGCAGCUACUUUGGGGAAAUUAGCAUACUUAAUAUCAAAGGCAGCAAAGCUGGCAAUCGAAGAACAGCCAACAUCAGAAGCAUUGGAUACUCAGAUUUGUUUUGUCUAUCUAAAGAUGACCUCAUGGAGGCUUUAACAGAGUAUCCAGAUGCAAAGGCAAUGUUGGAAGAGAAAGGUAAACAAAUCUUGCUGAAGGAUGGGUUACUGGAUAUCAAUGUUGCAAAUGCAAGAAGUGAUUCUAAAGACAUCAAUGAAAAGGUCAUUCAAAUGGAAGGAUCGGUGGACAACUUGCAAACAAAGUUUGCUAGGCUUUUGGCUGAAUAUGAUGCCUCACAGCAGAAACUGAAAAAACGACUGACACAAGUUGAAAAAAUACUGAAAUCAACUACGCACUUUGAAUUCUCAGAUUUAGAAGAAACAGAUAAAUAAAUCUGGAGUGUCACCACUGGAAUAAGAUCCUAGGGACUGCCACUAGCAGUUAAGGAUAAAUCCUACAAGAUAC